UCAACGUAAUGUGCCUCGAGUACCAGGUCCGUGUAACAAAGCAGCAAAGACGUUAAGUGCACACUGUUACUAUAUUAACAACUUCACAACACAUAAAUCACACCAACUUCACAACACAAACACAAACACAAACACCACUCUUCCCACCCAACCCAACCCAACCUAAAGUUCAAAACCCUUCCACCCAUGAACUCUUCAGAUUUUCCCCAAACCAAACUCAAACACGACCAAAUAAUUACAACAUGUUAGAUUUAUUUUAAUAUAUAAUAAAUAACCAACCCAAUAAAUUUAAAAACCCUAAUGUUACGUUUUUAUUUUUUUGAAAAAUAUAUAAAAUAAAACAAAAAGAUUGGAUUUAGAUUUGAAGAGGUGUGAGAAAAGGAGGCAAGCAAGAAAGGGUACAUAUAGGAGAAGCAGUUUAUGGUUAAAUAAAAACUAUUUAUUUUUAUUUUUCUCAUAUGAAUGAUAUGGAAAACCACCAAAACCAAAACAAAAACCCAAACCAAGACCUACAGGGUUGGGGCACGUGGGAAGAGCUUUUACUAGCCUCCGCCGUCGACCGCCAUGGCUUCAAAGACUGGGACACCAUCGCCAUGGAGGUUCAGUCACGUACCAACCGCACUUCCCUCCUCGCCACCGCACACCACUGCGAACAAAAAUUUCACGAUCUAAACCGCCGAUUCAAAGACGACGUCCCGCCGCCACAACAGAACGGCGAUGUCUCCGCCGUCACGGCUGAAGAUUCCGAUCACGUUCCAUGGCUUGAUAAACUCCGUAAACAACGUGUUGCUGAGCUCCGUCGUGAUGUCCAACUCAGCGACGUCUCCAUUCUGUCGUUGCAGUUGCAGGUGAAAAAAUUAGAAGACGAGAAAGCCAAAGAAAAUGAGGAAAAAGUAGAAACAGAACCAGAUCUGGCGGUUUCCGGCGAGGGACGGUUGCCGGAGAAUGAAAAAACCGGUGGAGAUAUAGAUGAACCGGUACCGGCUAUUCGGCGGCUCGAUGAAAGCACAACUAAUACUGAUAAGUUGUUACCAGCAGCGGGUGAAGAAUCGGACCGGGAUAAUCAAUCUGUUAAUGAGUCAAACUCAACCGGUUCGAGGUUUGAUGCAUUGAAAACCGGUGAGGUUGAUGUAAAAUUAGGUUCUGGUCCAGGUCAUGGUUCCGGUUCGGUUCAAGUUAAAUCCGGUUUAAACGAACCGGAUCAAACCGGGAGGAAAAGAAAAUCGGUUGAGGAAGAAUCGAAUAACGGAAGCUAUGAUAACAACGAGGCUAAAGCUGUUACGUGUGAGUCGGUGCCUCCGAGUGAGGAAAGGAAGGUGGAGGAUGACUCGGUGACUCGUUCGGAGGGGGGAGGGACGAGGGAGAGCAGUGAGGUGCAGAGUUCGUCGAGUUUGUCGAAGACGAGGAGGACACAGCGGCGGAGGAAGGAGGUUUCCGGUGAAGACGCAAAGAUGGAGAAUGAGGACGUGGCGGUGGUGAAAUCAGAACCGUUGUUUGGCGUGUUGGAGAUGAUCAAAAGACAUCAAAAAUUUUCAUUGUUUGAGCGCCGUCUUGAAAAAAACCAGGAUUUGGACAGAUACAAAAACACUGUGAAACGGCAUGUGGACUUGGAAACCAUACAGCUGAGGGUCCAAGAGGGUCACUAUUCCUCAGGGACAAACACAUUCUUCCUCGACCUCGUCACCCUCUUCAGCAAUGCCACCGUGUUUUUCUCUCGUGGUUCGCCUGAAUUGCGGGCUGCGCAGCAGCUGCGCCGCCUCAUCCUUGAUGAGAUGAAAACCUUCGGCCAAGCACAAUCCAACACUAUCACCCAGAAGAGCGAUUCACUCCCUCCAAACACACCACUAUCCAGACCAGACUCUCUCUCCAAGCACAAACCUCCUAUAUUAGUUUGCCGCAAACGUAGUUCAAUCCCAGUCAAACCUUCUACCACCACCUUUAGCCACAAGGGUGAUCACAAACCCAUCAUCAAUGACAAGAAGGAAAGGCCUUCCUCUGAUGUGAAACCAACCUUAAAACCAAGUUAUUCGGAGACAGAUGAAGAGGAGCCUCCUAAGGCCAAGGAAAAGCCUGUCACUGGAGCUAGAAGCAGAAGAAGUAACAAGAACCUCAGCAGCAACGCCAGCAAUAAGAAACCACCCUCUAACUCCACUCCUAGAACAGGGUCCUCGGCAAAUAAACCGGCCGAGACCCCAAAAUUGAAGAACAAAGCAGAGGGGGUGUCAGACAAGAAGAAGAACAACGGUGCUGCUGGUUUCUUGAAUAGAAUAAAGAAAAAUGAAUCGGUGGAGGUGCUGAGGAGUGGUAGUGGUGGUGGUGGAGGAAGUAGUGGAAGCAGUAAGGGUGGUGGUGGAGGUGGUACUAAUACAAAAGAGCAGAAGAAAGUGGUGAACAAUGGAAAAGGGGAGAAAGGGAAAGAAAGAGCUUCAAGGUAUAACGAUGGAGGAGGGUCUGGUUCAGGAGAUAAGAGGAACAAGAAUAUUGAGAGCAACUCGAAGAGGAACGUUGGAAGACCUCCAAAAAAAGCAGCAGAGACCGUAGCUAGUACAAAGCGUGGAAGGGAAAGUAGUGCAAGUGGUGGCAAGGAUAAGCGACCGAAAAAACGUUCUAAGAAGUGAUUUUCAGAUUCAUAGUUCGUUCUUCUUUCCCCUGUAUAUUAUUAUUUAUUGUUAAAGCAUGUGUUUCUUCUAUUUAUAAUUUAUACUGCAAAUUUAUUGGUCAGCUUUAGCUUGUAGUCAGUUCCUAGGUAAAUGUAACAAUGUUUUUCAUUUGGGCUAAGGCUUGUAAGUUGUAACAACAUUGCCCCAUGGCACACUGCUUUUCUUGAUUUUUUGUUUAACAGGAAAGCAUAGCCAGUGUUUAUGCUCAUGGAUCACUUGAUCUGUUUCUUUUUGGAUAUAUAUUCACUUGCUCUGUUAGUUCUA